AAAUAUAUUAAACAAUCUUGGUAUUGGUCUGAAAAAUUAUAUAUAUUGAAUAAUAUUAUUGAUUGUCUUAAAAUUAUUCAUGACAAUCAAAUGGUUCAUCAUGAUUUACAUACAGGAAAUAUAUUAAUAUUGCCUAAUAUUGAAUAUUUUGCUCAUUCUAAAUCUAUUAAUAAAAUAUGCAUUUCAGAUAUGGGAUUAUGUAGAGAAGUCAGUAAUAUAAGUAAUACAGAUGAAACAAAAGUUUAUGGAGUUAUGUCUUAUGUAGCUCCUGAAGUAUUAAAAGGAAAUCCUUAUACUCAAGCAGCAGAUAUAUAUAGUUUUGGUAUGAUUAUGUAUUUUAUAGCAACUAGAAGACAACCCUUUGCUAAUUGUGCUCAUGAUAAUAUUUUAGCAUUAAAGAUAUGCAAUGGAAUUAGACCUGAAAUUAAUGAGCAUGAAGCACCACAAUGUUACAUUGAAUUGAUGAAAAAGUGUUGGGAUACGAAUCCAAAUAAUAGACCAAAUGCUACUGAAAUUAAAGAA